GCUUAGCAAAUUUAUACGUCGCACUCCAAAAAAUAAUGGAAAAGAUAAAUGGACGAUGUCCAUCUCAAGGCAAUUCCCAUCAAUCAUAUCAACCUUUUUCACAGCAACUUCCGGUGUCUUUUCGUUUACCACCGGUCCCCAUCCAAGCUCGUGUUAAUAAGGCAGUUUUAGGAGGCAAAGAGAUUGUCCAAAAAACUAGUGCAAACAGCGCAUUUGUUAAUAACGAUCCGUUUAUUCCUUUAAAUCCGUUAACAACUGAAGAGAUUAGGGUGUUUGAAGAUAAAAAAGCAGCUGAUAAUAAUGCAAGAAAGAGACGGAGAAGUUCAGAAUUUGAUAAAUGGAAGCGUCCAAAUAGUCAAGAGACUCCCUGGCUAAGUGACGAAUGUACCGUUAAAUAUACAAGUGUGGUUCAACGAUUGCAUUAUGAAAUUCUGGAAUUUGUCGAUUAUCUUUUGCCAACAGAUUUAGAGCGUUUAUUACGUGCUUAUGUAAUAAAACGUAUUGAGAUGGCCAUCAAAGCGGUUUACCCAACUGCAGAAGUAUUAGCGUUUGGAAGUUAUAAUACGGAUCUUUAUCUUCCAACAAGCGAUAUUGACCUAGUAUGUUUUAUACAUCAAAGGAACCCAUUGAGAGAUAUUGUAUCAAUAUUAGCUAGAAAUAAUAUUUGCGAAGGCAGACCUAUUGCAAUUGCGAAUGCAGUGGUUCCAAUUAUUAAAUUUAAAGAGAAGCACACGAAGUUUAAUGUUGAUAUAUCUUUUAAUCAAGCCUCUGGAUUUGGUUCCGCCGCUGCGAUGAAACUUUUCAUGAAAGAAUGGCCAUCCCUUGGUAAAUUGGUGGUUACCUUAAAAUAUUUUUUACAUCAUCAUGAACUUGAUGAUCCUGCAUGCGGAGGUAUGGGUGGAUAUACCGUCUUUUGCAUGGUACUUAGUUUCUUACAGUUACACCCUGAAAUUCAAAAAGGCGUAGUUGUCCCUGAAGAUGAAAACCUCGGUGUAUUGCUUAUUGAAUUUUUCGAACUUUAUGGCAUUCAUUAUAAUUAUGAAGAUCUUGCUAUACGUGUUGCAAAAGAUAAAAAAUCUGGUUUAAAUGUAGGAUAUUAUCGGAAAAAAUAUGAAAACUGGACAACGAAAGAUCCAAUUACGAACAUUUGUAUACAAGAUCCAUCGGACUCCACUAAUGAUAUAGCACGUUCAACGAAAAAUAUGCGCAUGAUUCAAGAUGAAUUCCAGCACGCAUUUGAACGCUUGGUUACCCGGGUCGGCUACUUGGAACGUUGUACACCCCGCGAUGAAGAUGGCACAUUUAGGGAUCUGCAAAGUCAGUCGAUAUUAUCUUCUAUUUCCUUCAUUAAUUCUGAUAUCCGAAAGCGUCGGGAUCAACUUUACAAGGAUUAUAAAAACGGAGUCCUUGGCAGUGUAUUGUCCCAGUACGGAACGGACCCUUCCCGAUUCCUACGGCAUCAUGAUGUCGACAUUAUCAUAGAAACGUUCAGGUUUGAAAUUGCAGAAGCUGAUCGUUUAAGAAAUUUUAAAUUUGCACGGAUAAGAAAUAAAAAUGAUAAGCAUCAUAUUCCGCCAUCUCCAAAAAAGCGUGAAAGAUCACCAGUAUAUAUUGAAGAAAGUUCAGAUAUGGAAAUGUCCGAUGAAUUUAUUUCUGAUUAUUAUAUUCCAAAUGACAGGAAACUGAGAAAUGGUACUGAUGAUUACAAUGGGAAAAGGAGAUCAAAGAAAAGACAUAAGCGAGAGAGGGGAGACUAA